AUGUCGAAUGAUCUGACGCCGGACUGGAUCCUCAAGCAAGUUCUGAAUGUCCAGGAUAAAGCCCAUGGCGAUUGGUUGAAGACUUCCCACCCCGAGCUCAGGCCCAGAAAUGCAGGACUUACUCUGACCCUACUUGGCUGUGGUACCAUGGGCCUCGCCAUUCUCAGUGGUAUUCUGGAAUCUUUGCAGCAAGAGCUUCCAGCAGAGAAGGGCGCGAGCGAAGCCGAGCCGGCUCUAAUGCUGGACAAAGUCCCCUCCAGAUUCAAUGCCUGUGUCCGGACCCAGGAGAGCGCCCAGAAGAUCAAAGCUCGCCUGGAAAGGUACGACGCCAAUCUGACCGUCUACGAGAACGACAACCUCUCAGCCGUCAAGGACUCAGAUGUCGUGCUGUUGUGCUGCCAAUCUCAAGCCGCACGUGAAAUUCUAGGAGCCCCAGGAAUCAAAGAGGCAUUAGCGGGCAAGCUUCUCAUAAGCGUCUGUGCUGGUCUGAAGCACUCGUCGAUAUCUGACUUCUUGUGCGGCGAUCAGCAUUCCCCAAAUGAUUACACCAUUGUAUGCGCCGUGCCCAAUGCUGCAGCGGCCAUCAGACAAUCGAUGACAAUCAUCGCUACCCCCGAUCGGCCUAUUUCAGACCAGAACAGCGCCCUGGUUGACUGGAUCUUCACUCGGAUAGGUCGUGUCAUGUAUCUGCCUUCGUCGGCGAUGGAUGCAAGCAUGGGGCUCUGCGGCUCUGGCCCGGCGUUUAUGUCGCUGGUCAUUGAAUCGCUUGCUGCAGGCGGUAUCGCCGGCGGGAUCCCACGAGACGCAGCUUACACGAUGGCUGCGCAGGUGAUGCGUGGAACGAGUGAGAUGAUCUUGCAAGGCGAGCAUCCAGCUGUCAUACGGGAUAGAACAAACACACCUGGUGGCUCCUCCAGUGCAGGUCUGCACGUCCUGGAAGAAAACGCGGUCAGAGGUGCAAUGGCGAGAGCCGUCAGAGAAGCCACCGUCGCUGCUCGCGAUCUUGAGAAAGCAAUCUAA